UAUGUUGGGUCUUCACUGCUGUGCACAGGCUUUCCCUAGUUGCGGUGAGCGGGGCUACUCUUUGUUGCAGGGCAAGGGUUUUUCAUUGCGGUGGCUUCUCUUCUUGCUGAGCACAGGCUCCAGGCGGGCAGGCUUCAGUAGCUGUGGCACUGUGAGCUCAGUAGUUGUGGCUCGGGGGGCUCUAGAGCGCAGGCUCAGUCAUUGUGGCACCGGGCUUCAUUGUUCCUGCGCAAGUGGCAUCUUCCCGGCACAGGGCUUGAACCCGUGUCCCCUGCCUUGGCAGGUGGAGUCUUAACCACUGCGCCGCCAGGGAAGCCCUUGCCUCGAUUUUUUUUAAGAAAAAAAAAGAUGGUUGCCGGAAACUCACAAGCUGCAGGACAGUGUGUGCUGUGUGAUGCCGCUGAGUCAAAAAAGUCAAAGGCAAUUAAAUAUAUUUUACUUCUAUUUGAAUAGUAUUACUGUAGUACCGCUUUGCUUUUAUUAAUGAAAAUCUACCUUGAAUAUCAUUCCAUAUCAAAAAACAAGUCAGAAGCAAGGUGUGUUUUCUGCGAACAGGCGCUCGGAGAUGGACCCUUCAGAGCGGCUGCGAUGGCGGCCGCGUCCGGGGGGCCGGGGUGGUGGGGGCACUGGGAGAAUCAGGGAAGCAGCGGAGACGGGCCCACCCCGGCGCUGCGAAGGCGUGAGGAGCAGCAGAGGCCCGAGGGGAGGCAGGUGCUUUGUUAGGGGCCAGGCCAGGCCUGGGCCUUGCCAGGCGGGUGUGGCCAAUCAGGGGCCUUGGAAUCCCGUGUUGUCUAGAAACCUCUUAUUGUGCUUUGAUUCUUAACCUCGCGCUGGCAGCAGCGCAGCGACAGUGGGCGGAAUUGUCCGACUGGGCUGGGCGCUUUUCGGUGAGCGGACCAGGUCAGUUCUAUGACCCGCUACAAUGUUCUCCUGGUUGGGUGGCCUGGACGGCAGCUUAGGCCAUUUCCUGGGGCAUGUGGGUGGUACAGUGGCAUCUUUCAGACACCAUAUUUCUGGUGUCCCAGAAGAUGUGCCGAGGGAGGGAGCUGAAGCGGUAGAAGAAGUACCUGACUCUACAACAGAGGAGGUUGAAAACUCUCAGCUGGUCUUCACCUCAGAGGUUGAGAGACUUAGAUUUCUUUAUAGUGAUCUGACAGGGAAGUGUGAAGCCGCAGAACUUCAACUAAGGCAGCAAACUACUAGUUACAGGCAUCAAUUACAGCAGAAAGAUGGAGAAAUCAAACUUCUUACAGCAAGACAGAUAGAGCUACAGGAUCAGUUGCUAAAGCUGCAGUCGGUCAUCCAGGAAGUAAAUCUUGAGGAUGGCCUUGUGCCCUCAAAGAGUGUACGCUCUUCCCUGGGUUAUGAUAUCAGUCAGCAUGCUUUAGCCUUGCAGGAUGAUGAUAUGGACUUGGCGGACCUAAUUUGGUCACAACAAGAAAUCAAUAGAUUGUCAAAACACGUCGUAAGACUUGAGGCUGAUGUCAGCUAUUGGAGACAUUUUGCUCAGAAUUUUACACCACAAGGAGCAGAUAGCGUUGAUCUAAAGGAAAUCUACAAACUGAGAAAUACCAUCAAGCAACUUGAAGAGAAUCGAAAUAAGGACAUUGAUGACCAUCAACUUGAAGUGACGGUACUGCAGGACAUUCACCAACAGAAACUGGCAGAAAUAAGUCACAGGCAUCAAAAGCAAUCAAAGGACUACGAGGAAAGGAUUCAUGACAUGCAGGAAGCUAUGCAAGUCCUAGAAGCUGAAAAACUAGAGUCCACCAAGAAAAUCCAAAAACUCCAAGGACUUGAGAUUAGAGUAAAAGACCUUGAAAGAAAACUAUCUUCUGUAGAAAAGGAGAGGGAUGCUUUAAUUGGGGAACAAGACCAGGUAAAGGAAAGGAAUGCAAGCACUGAAAAAGGUGAAUUGCAGCCUUCUAUUAGGAGGCAGAGUGAUGCUGGGGCAGAAAAGGGAGAAGUUCUUCCACUGAGUCCAUCCCUGGAAGAAGUGCCUGGACAGCAACAGCCACUGUCUGAUGCUGAAAAUGAAAUGAGCUUGAAUAGCUUAAAGCAGGAAGAACUUCAACGAUCACUUGUCAAAUUGAGCAAUGACUAUGAACUCCUUAAAAGAACAGCUACAGGAGACAUGAAUUCGGAUUCAGAAGUACAUCAUUUAAGGUGUGAUGUGGAACUCAAAGAAGGAAAACUCGAUGAGAGUCCUACUGAAAAGAAAAUACUCAUCCCUGAGUUAGAAGAGUCAGACAGGCAGAAACAAAAAACUACAAUGCCUGUGGUUUUGGUGAAAGAUGAGCAAUCAGAACAACCCACUGAAGGAGACAGCAUCAUCAGGAAACUAAAACAAGAUCUAGAAUAUGAAAACAAGAGAGUCCGUCAACUUGAAGAUGAUACAAUGAAUAGUACUGAAGAGUUGCAUGGGCAAAAAGAAAAUUUAAUUCCUUUAGAAAUGGAAAAGGGACAGUUAGAGGCAGAAUUGUGUUGGGCUGAACAGAGCCUGUUGGAGGAAAAAAGGAAGCAGGAGCAAGCCUUCAAAGAACUGUCAGAUACAGAUAACCCAGACAGCUGUGCCUUACAGCUGGAGCGCGAGUGUUUAAUUAAACUCAGUCAAGAGAAAGACUAUGAAAUAUCAGAACUCAAAAACAAUAUUGAGCAGAUGAUUGCUGAGCACAAAGAAACUAAGGAAAUUUUGUCAUCUACUUUAGAAGAGCAGCAGCAACGGAAACAACUCAUAAGAGAGAAAGAAAUUUUUAUUGAAAACCUUCAAGGAAGUUCACAGCUUCAGGAGGAGUUAGAGCCGUAUACUCAAGCCUUAAGAAAAAUGGAAAUUUUACAGCAAACCAUAGAGGACAAAGACACAAGUCUUGCAUCCAUGAAAGAAGAAAAUAGUCACCUGAAAGAAGAAUUGGAACGACUGAGGGAAGAACACAGUCAAACCCCACCUAUGAUGGACCCUAAAACUCUAGACAGUAUUGUAGAACUAGAAUCUGAGGGAUCUCAACAGAGCACAACUGAAGAUAAUCUGGAGAUUAAACCUCAUCCAAAGAUACGUGACGAUCAAAACCAGAGUGAAAUGCAGCUACUUCGAUCUUUACAAGAGCAGACACAGAAAAAUCCCAGGUACCAACACGAGCAGAUGACUAUUAAACACAAUCCGCUCUAUUCAGCCAAAGAGGAGGAAAUCGAGACUUUGCAAAAUGCAAUAGAGCAAACCAAAACCCAGUUGCCCGGAAAAUCCCAGCCCACACCAACAGAGCAUUCCGAUACAUUCCAAGUAACAAACACUCAGAGUCUUAAUACAGAAAAUGGAAGUGAAAAGCAUGACUUAUCUAAAGCCGAAACUGAAAGAUCCGUACAAGAAAUAAAAGAACACAAAUUGGAGACUAAACGUCUAACUGAGAAGAAUACCUGUUUAACUGAACAGGUUGCUCAGCUGUCCAAGGGUGAGACUAGUAAACUAACUCAGCUUGUCCAGCAAAAAGAUUUGGAGAUACAGUCUGUUCACAUAAAAGUAUCUUCAGCUUCCUCCAGUGACCAAGAUAAUGGACAGGGCCAACAACAAUUGCCAGCGUAUGCUUUGGAAAGAGAACAAAUAUUAGCUGCUUUAGAUGCGAAGGCUUGGGGAAACUUGAGAAUGAUGGAUACCAUCGUUGCCAAAGAAGCAGACAUCGUGAAACUCAAAGAUGCAAAUACAGAACUCUCCACCAGACUUGAAAGCAGUGCGGAUAUGUUUAAAGAAACAAUUCAGAAUUUCUCCCACAUCACUCGAGAAAAAUACAUGGAAAUGGAUGCUUUAACUCAGAAGUGUCAGACUUUACUGACAAUACUGCAAAUGUCCAGCAAUGAUGAUGAGGUGAGAGGUGUUUGUAUGGAUCAGUUUGAGGAGCUUCUACAGCAACGUGAUCGAUUAGAACAGCAAGUGAAGAUACUGGAAGAGUGGAAAGUGCAGGUGAUGACCACAGUACAAAAUAUGCAGCAUGGGUCAACCCAUCUUCAGAAGGUGCUUCAACAACUUCAGGCACGGGUUGUAGUUGAUGAUGAUCAUUCUGAACGACAGAUGACCUGUACUGACCUGAUCAAAAUUUAUGAAGGGAAUGAAAUCAAACUCAGAAACUUGAAGGCACAAAGAGAGGAAGUUCAGUUGAGCCUAGAGCAGCUUUGCAAUACCAAAGAUAUCCUGUUGGGGAUGUCUGACCUUAGUUUACCACACCCCUCCAAUGAAUCACUUCCAUCCGAGUCAGCUGACUCUCGGAAGGCAAUGAAACCUGAGGUACCGAGCGAAUCGUCUACAUUGCUCGGAGAAGAGAUAGAAGAGUUAAGAAAACUCAUGGAGGAAAAAGAUGCAACCAUUAGAACCCUCCAGGAAGAUAAUCAGAGAUUAUCUGAUUCCAUCGCAGAGAGUUCAGAACUAGAAAGAAAACGAUGUGAGCAAAUGGGUCCAGAAAUGAAGCAGCUACAGGAGAAACAAGAUGACUUGCAAAACCUGCUUAAGGAAAAGGAGCUUUUAAUCAAAGCAAAAAGUGAUGAAGUACUUUCUUUAAGUGAAACUUUGACUAAUGAAGUGAGUGACAAUGAACUUUUGAGGCAGGCAGUAAAAAACCUGAAGGAGAGAGUCGUCAACUUUGAACUCGAUAUGUGUAAACUAAAAGAGGAAAAUGAAAAAAUAGUAGAAACAUAUCGGGAAAAGGAAAGAGAAAACCAAGCACUACAAGAGACAAAUACACGAAUUUCUAUGCUGCAGACCGAGAAAGAAUUAGAAUGUGUUGCAAUGAAGGAGAAGGCACUUACUUUUGAGUAUCUUUUGGAACACACAGAACUAGGCAAGACAGGGGAAUUAAAUCAGCUUUUAAAUGCAGUCACAUCCAUACAAGAAGCAAAGGUUAUGUGUCAACAGGAGAGAAAAGAAGCCAUGUUGGCACUGAAACGGAAACACAUGGAAAACCGUGCCCUCCAGAGUGAGGUUCAACAUUUACACAACAAAGAACUACCCUUAAAGCAGGAGCUGGAGAUAUCACAUCAGCGGGGGAUAGAAUCGUCUGAGUUUCAUAGCCAAGAAGCUUUGGCCGCACAAGACAGAGAGGCUAAACUAAGAACCAAAGUCACCACCUUGGGGGAGAAGCUCCUACUAUCUUCCAAUGCAAUGAAAAAUCAGCAAGCCCGUUUGCAGAUAGAGGCGUUGAAGGAACAACUGAAUGUCGUGGAGAAGCAGAGAGAGGACAUUUCGCGACAGCUUUCUAUUUCCCAAGACAAAGAAAAGCAGUGUGCAGAAGCACUAGUUAACUUGAGGACGGUGGUCGCAGAAUGGAUGGGAAAGGCAAAUGAUCUCGAGGGAAAACUAAUAUCGGCACAAGGACAGCAGGAGGAAGCGAAUGCUGCCUUGAAACUGAAGGAAGAAAAAAUGAAAGAUUUGAAAACACAAAAUGAGGUCCAACAGGAAAUGCUGGAUGAUGUACAGAAGAAAUUGCUGCACGUACUGAGUAACGCAGAAGGAAAAAUUGACAAGAGCCUCAUGAGGAACCUCUUCGUGGAGUAUUUUCAGACACCAAAACAACUUCGGCAUGAAGUGCUCUCCACAAUUGGCAACACUCUGGGAAUCCGAGAGGAAGAGAUGGAUCUGGUUUUUAAGCAAGAGCAAGGCGGUGGUGCCAUGUGGAUGACUGGCCGGCUUGGAUCAAAACGUGUCCCCAACACACCUGUGCCACCAAAUCAACAGUCAAUGCCGAAGAAUUCUUUUUCAGAAUCCUUUGUUAAAUUCCUCGAAACAGAAUCUCGUCUCACUCUCCCACCACCAAAACCCACUGCUCGGGAUCCAAAACCUCUCAAUUCACCAGGAAAGAAAACACUAGAUGAAACUGUGCCACGUCUUAAAACGACCUCGGAUCCACACUCAAAAAAACAUGUGAACCGAUGUCCCACAGGUAUCUCUCUGAUUAACCCACCUGGACCUGAACCAGAUGGAUCUCGGCAUCUUCUUUUAGACGCCGUUACUGAUGCUUUGCCCCCACACACACCCUUGCUGCUCUCCCCUGGCAAGGGGGCGGGAGUCAUGCUGAAAGGCCUGUCACAGCCAUGGGUGAUUCUUCAGCCAGAGACAAGAUGUUCUUUGAAGAAACCAAGUCACUGA